AUCACAUUUUCCUACUCAUUGCGGAUCACCUCACGGAGUUUCAAUGGAGACCACGGAGUUUGCAUCACGGCCUGAAGCAGAAGAAGCGAUGGCAAGCAGGAGGCCACAACAGCCCAUGAACACAGUGGUGGACAUGCAGGGAAUUGUCCAGCCACAGCAACAGUCCACACCUAUUAAAGACCAUCUCAUCUGGUCCCUGUUUAAUGCAUUCUAUCUAAAUGCAUGUUGUCUUGGAUUCCUUGCACUCAUCUACUCAAUCAAAGCUCGUGAUUCAAAAUUUGUCAACAACACUCGAAGAGCCAGGAAGUUUGCCGCUAAGGCCAUGGGACUGAAUGUGGCCGCUACCUUGUUCUCCCUCACUCUGCUGGCAGCAGGUCUGGUCUAUUACUUGUAUGUAACUGUGGCACAACUGACUCCCUGACCAACACCUUUUUGUAAGUCCAGGAUGAGCGGUUAAAAUAGGAGACACAGUUCACAUGAAACAGAUGAU